AUGAAGAGUGUCUACUUCGACAGGGUCAAGGACAAGGAAAUUAAUGACGCCGUCAAGAAGGCCUACAAGAAAGUAAAUGGCAAGGAUCUUCCCGAGAAUGAAAAGGGAGAAUUCGAAAUCGAUAAGAAGGACGACAAAGACGCUUUCGAAAUUAUCUACGACACGCGAAAGGGCAUGAGGAAGAUGCUCGAACAGUACAUGCCUGACCGGAGCAUCUACAAGUACCGCGUCACCACUUUUGAGGACCCUGAGAGGAAUAUCAUCUUGGAGAUCUUCUUUUGA